GUCCAGUCGCGAGGGGGGAUCAAACGUGGUGGCCCGACAGGCACGUCGAGCUAUCUAUCUAUCACGCUCAGGCUCGCUCACGAUGACGAGCCAUGAUCGUCGCGCGCUGUUGGUCAGGUUAUCAAACAAAGUCAAAACUAGGUUGCAAACCGAUCGGAAAUCCCCUUCUGCUGGAGCGCUUCCUCGUCAUCGACUGACCAGAUCCAUGGCUCCCCUCGUGGGUGGCACUAGCUCGACUCCCAUUCCCACAAGGGAAGAAGCUCCCCCCCUGGUGCUUGGUUCACGGUCGCCCGAGAUUUCCUUCAGCGGGAUCCAUUCUGCUCAUUCCCGGGGGUCCAAUUGGCAUGCGCUGAAGGCCACUUUUCCCAUUUUUUCCUUUCCCGCCGGUGGAUCAGCAGAAAGAACGAAAAAAAAAGAAGGUUUUGUCCUGGUGGCUCCCCUCUCCUUAAGCUUCGCGUCCCUUGAGUCUAUUGUGCUUUACUUUUUUCCUGGCUGGUCGUCGUUUAAACAACUCCCUCUUCCCUCCCUCCUCCCUCCUUCCUUUCCCUCGGUCGCUGUCUUCACUCCCUCGCCGCGAUACAUCACAUCAUCAUCUCCCGUCGCGAUCGGGGUCGAUCAGAUCAUCCUCUUCCCGCCCUUGACGUAACCGCCAACUGGUUCCCCGUCUCCUGGGCGUUCUCCCCCCCCCUCUGCGGUUCUUGACCUGACCACACCAUCAAUCAACAUUCACCCAAUUCACCCAUUACAACCACUGCGCUGCCAUCGCCAUCGCCAUCGCCAUCCCCCUCCCAAGGCAAUAUGGCCUUCUUUGAUGAUGGCCUGCAAGGCCUGCAUCAAUUCGUCCGGCGGGUAAGUCGGGUUUCGGUCGCAUGUCGCGCAUCUGGAGGAACGGACCACCGACCGCUGACCUCUC